AUGUCUGAGACUAUGCUCCCCCCUCUCGACGGUUCUCUCAAUGUCUUUCCAGACUUCUUAGAUUUUCAUGCCCGCCACAAUUCCAACAGGAAUUGUUGGGAGUUUCCAUCCUACGGCAACUCUAUGGAUGUCCCGCCGGUGACUUUCCGAGACUUUGCGGACGCGACCCAUCGCGCUGCCCACGCCAUUCGUCCUCAACCUGGGCCCGAGCGCUCUGUGGUGGCUAUCUUGAUCAAUACCGACAGCAUCUACUACCACGUUCUUAUCGUAGGUGUCAUCCGCGCGGGCCUCAUACCGUUCCCGAUGGGCCCACGGAACUCUGCACCAGCUAUUGCUAGCAUGUUAACGCGCACCGACUGCCACCGUAUCGUUUCGCAGUCUGCAUUCAGCGCCUUGACAGAUGACGUCCUGGCAAUGUUACCUGUCGACUAUGCUUUCGAGGUUACUGAGUUACCGCCGCUGGCUGAGAUUCUCCCCUCUCUCACAGCGAUGCCAGGCAUUCCUAUCCCCCCCGUGAAACCAUACCCAGCGCCGGAACAUCGGCCUGUUCUCUCAGACAUCGUAUUGUACCUCCAUUCUUCUGGCUCGACAGGCUUUCCUAAGCCUAUUCCGCACGUUCAUCUUAACUGGCUACAGUGGUGCACUAUGCCCACGAUAGAGUCGACUCAUGGAGAUACGUGGGCUUCAAUGAUGCUCCCGUCCUUCCACAUGCUCGGGGUUGUAACACAACUUUUAUUCCCUCUUGCUACCGGCUACCCGAAUGUUCUCUUUCCUCCUCGAACUCAUCUUGGAGAGCUUCCCGUCAUUCCAACGCCGGACAAUACGCUAGAAGCCAUACAGAAAUCGUCUUUUACUAUGCUUAUUGUCGUUCCCGCGUUCCUUGAGAGUUGGAUGAAAGACGCAAACUCUCUCGAAAUUUUGAAGGAUGUUAAGACCGUGUCUCAGUUGCCUCAGACAUUUUGCGGCGGUCCUCUCUCCAGUUCUGCUGGCACAAAACUCGUGGAGGCCGGAAUACACCUGUACCCUAUCUACGGCUCGACUGAAGUUGGAGGCGUGUCGGACAUAGGAUACAUAGACUAUGAGAAUCCCGAAACAUCCGCCGAGAACGUGACCGAAUGGGAGUAUCUUAGAUUCUCCGAUCUGUGUAACAUACGCUGGGACGAUCAAGGUGAUGGGUCAUACGAAUUGGUAUUUAUGAGGUCUUCUAAGCACAAGCCAUGCGUCGAAAAUCUUCCCAAUGGGGAGCACGGCUAUGCAACAUCUGAUAUCUUCGUGCCUCACCCAUCAAAGCCUGGAUUAUGGAAAAUCAUUGGCAGGACAGAUGAUGUACUCAUCCUCAGCAAUGGCGAGAAGGUCGUCCCGGUCCAGCAACAAAACGCAAUUUCAACACACCCGCUCCUUCUUGGGGCUGUCAUGUUUGGUCGCGGCCGCGACCAAGUCGGGUUGCUAGUAGAACCGAAACCCGGACAUUAUGUUGCGCCAGGGGAUGAAGCGGCUCUCAUUGAGUUGCGAAAUGCCAUCUGGUCUAAGGUGGAGGAAGCGAACCGCAUUGCGCCAGCAUUCGCACGUAUCUUCAAAGAGAUGAUUCUGGUUGCGGAUUCAUCCCGACCAUUCAACCGUGCCGCUAAAGGUACUAUCAUGGUCAAGACAACGCUUGCUUUAUACGAGAAAGAUAUUGAUGCAUUAUAUGAGUCCGUCAGAGGCAGCUCUGACUUGCAAGGUGUAACCCCGCCCUCAUCGUGGACCUUCUCCAACGUAGUUGAAUGGCUUUCACAACAUGCUUCUCUUUUGAACGAUGGAAAGGUGCCUGACGCUGGAGAUGACAUUUUCCAGCAAGGCUUCGACAGUUUGAGCGCAACCUAUCUUCGAAAUCGAAUCAUGAGCAGCUUCAGGACAUCGCCUGACCCUCUCGUGAAGAAUGCAGCACAGGGUGUACAGCCUAACUUCGUGUUUACGCAUCCGACACUCGCCUCCCUUGCAUCUGCCAUAGUUAAUCUAAUCGACCCGCAGGAAUCCUCAACAUCGGCUUCGCCUGUUGAAGAAAUCAAUACCAUGAUUGACAAAUACACCGUGAUGCUGCCCAAGGCCCCAAUUACGAGGAACGCUGGUCGUAGAUCUGGAGCAGUCGUCCUAUUGACCGGCUCCACCGGCACCCUCGGUACACACAUUCUGUCCGAAUUGCUCACAGACGAACAUAUCGUUCGGGUAUAUGCGCUCAAUCGUGGAGCCAGGCUCUUAGAACGGCAACGCGACGCAUUCGUGGCAGCGCAACUUCCCACCGACAUUCUGUCCAACGACAAGCUUUCCCUCCUGAGUGGAGAUAUCAUGCGAGAGGAUUUCGGUCUGCCACAGACUGUCUUGGAUGAGAUUCGCGCUUCCACGACUCACAUCGUGCAUAACGCUUGGAAGGUCGAUUUUAAUCUCUCAUUGAGAUCCUUCGAGGCGUAUGUCGAGUCUACCAUUCGGCUCCUGAACUUGGCACCAGCGGCGCAUUUCUCGUACAUGUCUUCCAUUUCCUCUGCUCAAAGCUGGCGCGUUGCCGAACGUGGCCCACGUGUACCGGAGGAUCCGACUCAUGAUACAUCUGCCGCCGUCGGGGCAGGAUACGGGAUGUCGAAGUUUGUGGUCGAAGAGGUUCUCUCAAAUGCUCGGGAAGUCGGAUUGAAGACGACAGUUUUGCGAGUCGGUCAAAUUUGUGGCUCCACCCGCAACGGUGCCUGGAAUACAUCAGAGUGGGUACCGAUCUUGGUUAAGUCCAGUGUCUCGCUCGGUUGUCUGCCCGAGAUGAAUGGAGUUCUCUCGUGGAUUCCAGUGGAAGCGGUGGCACGCGCCGCAGUCGAUGUGAUACUCACUCCGAAUGCCCCUGCCUUAGUUAACGUGGUACAUCCUUACCCAGCUCGUUCACGCAAUAUGUUGAGCGCCAUUGGUGACGCACUUGAAUCAGACACUCGACUGCCGGUCAUCUCCAUACGAUCCUGGGUGGAAAAGCUGGAAUCUGUUGCGCAGAAUAUAACAGGGCGGACUAUGGAAGAGACGCCAGCAAUCAAGUUAUUGGAUUUCUUCCGCGGAUUCGUACCCCCUGUUGAGCAACCGGAGCAGGUCGCUGAGAAUGACCUGGAGAUGGGCGCGUUGCCCCUGUAUGACACAGCGAAGAUGCAAAGCAUAAGUUCGACCAUGGAGAACCUUCAGCCGCUGGGAGGCCAAAACGCGUAUUCUUGGGUAAAAUACUGGAGGGAUCAGCGUUUCAUACCGUAA